AGGCUCUGACACUACAACCACCAUGAUGACCGAGGAACACAAAGCGGCAUCUAACCCUGGGCGACCGAAGGGGGUCCCUGUGUGUCGACGUCUGCCCAGAAGUGCCGUCAUCUUCCUUCUCCUCGCACUCUCUGGUCUCAUCUUCCUGUGGCGCAACAUUCUCACUCUGGAGAACCUGAGCUACAACACAGCCUCUAUGCUUUUGCAGCCCCAGAACAGCAACCAUACUGUCCUCGCCCAGAAGAAGCCUCUCCCUCCGUACAACAACCACACCUUCUGCAGCCACCUGGAGCCCACCCCCGACGAAGCCCUGGAGGACCACGCCCUCCUCGACGCCAUCGACUGGCCCAAGCCCCCCGCCCCCGCGUCCCUCAACCAGACCAGCGCCCCCGGCCACAGCCGGUUCGCCAUUCUGCCCUCCAAGGGCGGGAGGGAGCGGCGUGUGGGGGACCAGCUUGAGGCCCUGGUCCAGAUGCAGGACUUCCAGGGCCGUCCCAAGCGCUACGGGGGGGACUUCCUGGUGGCACGGCUGCACUCCCCGGAGCUGGGGGCAGGAGUGGCGGGCACGGUGGUGGACCACCUCAACGGCUCCUACUCGGCGCUGUUCCCCCUGCUGUGGGAGGGUCCGGCCCAGGUGACGAUCACCAUGGUGCACUCCAGCGAGGCGGUGGCCGUGCUGCAGCGGCUCCGGGAGCAGCGGCCCGACCGCUUCUUCUUCCAGAGUCUGUUUCGCUCGGGCAAGCUGUCUGAGACCUCCGUGUGCAACAUGUGCCUGCCGCACAAUCGGCCGCAGGAGCCGCUGUGCAACUACACAGACCUCCACACCGGAGAGCCCUGGUACUGCUUGAAGCCCAAGCGGCUGAGCUGUGACACCAGGAUCAACCAUUUCAAGGGAGGCUACAAGAAGGACCUCGUCACCCACAAAGAAGCGCUGCUCUUUCAGAGCCGUGUAAACAUCAAGGUUGUCAUCCAUGUGUCAGGACCUGAUCGGAUAGAUGUGCUUCCAAAGAAGAUAGAUAACCCAGAGUUAGAAAACCGCAGCAUCGAACCAGGGCCGGUCAAGUACAAUCCUUCUGGGUAUUACUACAAAGGCUCCUGGAGGUCAUUCGAUGGAACACCUGUUCGCCAGUUUGACGCCAAAUCGAUCACCCAGUGCCUGACUGGCAAGAUGAUCAACAUGUACGGAGACUCCACGAUGAGGCAGUGGUUUGAGUACCUCAGAGCGUUUGUACCAGAGUUCAACCUGCGCAGCCCAGCGCAGGCAGGGCCCUUCAUGGCGGUGGACUGUAAACACAACAUCCUGUUGAAGUACCGCUGUCAUGGCCCGCCCAUCGGCUUCUCCACCGUCAGAGCCAGCGAGCUCCGCUAUGUGGCCAACGAGCUGGACCGCUUGCCUGGAGGCCCCAACACCGUGGUGGCUCUCAGCCUCUGGGCCCACUUCAGCCCCUUCCCCGUGGAGGUCUACAUACGCCGCAUGCGGCACAUCCGCCGGGCGCUUGAACGGCUCCUGGCCCGGGGCCCCGGCACCCUGGUGGUCAUCCGCUCGGCUAACUUAAGGGCCCUGGACAAGGAGAUGAGCCUGAACCACAGCGACUGGUUCUCGCUGCAGCUCGACAGGGUUCUCAGGAACAUGUUCAUGGGCCUGGCUGUUGUGUUUGUGGACGCCUGGGAGAUGACCUUAGCCCAUCAUAGCCCCCACAAUAUCCACCCGCCCCCGGACAUCAUCAAGAACACGAUCAGUCUCAUCCUGACUCAGGUGUGUCCUGCAAAGAAGAGCUAGUGGAAGAAAGGGAGAAAAGUUGGAAGAGGUGUGCCGUCCAAGUGCUUGGAACAUCGUUGGUCUAUCAUGAUUCUCUUGCCAUGAACAAGUUAACUCUGUUUUGUUUGGUUAUUUUCUUUGGCAAUACAUGAGUCCCAAGAACCUGUUGCAUGUCUUGUGCUGUCUUACUUGUUUUUUUUUUUCACCUGUUCUCUGAUGGUUCAGUAAACCCACUUUCCCCAUCAUCUGUUAUUCCAGGUCAUUAUAAUUCCUCAACCACUCGCUCAUCUGCCGUCCAUAACCCAGCCAUUUUUCAUCUGUGACAGCCCUCACUACCCCUAGACAAGGUGGUUGCAACAGAGAGUGUGGAUGAAAUGUGGAUGAAAUUUUUCACUUAUUGGGCCAAUGGUGUCGCUCUUGCAAUCGUCCAAAAUGCAAACUUUGAAAAGCAUAUCUCCUGACACUUUUGACUUAGUCAUGAAACUUGGCUCCUCAUGAUAAACAUUACAUAGUUUGUGAAUAAAGCAGGGAUCGACAUUCA